CUGACUGCCUCCAACCCAGCAUACCUUAUAAGAUCAUUUCAUCGACUCUGCUCCUUGAAGAACGUGUCUGAAGAAAUGAAGUAUCUUAUUCUGAUUGCCCUGGUGGCUCAGAGCUUUGCUCAACUGCCAUUGGGACCCGGUCCUGGUAAUGGCCCGCUUCCAUUUGGUUUUCCAAAUGCACCACUUGGCCAGCCUUCAUUCAGCAUCCCAGAGGGGCCGCUACCCCCAUGCAAUAUCUCUAGAAUCCUGCCACUUUUAUUCAAUGCUUCAGGGGCCCCACAACCUCUAUUAAAUCAAAUUUCUGGAAUCCUGCCACUUUUAUUCAAUGCUUCAGGGGUCCCCCGACUGCCCUUAAAUAUCUCAGGAAUCCUUCCGCUUUUAUUCAAUGCUUCAGGGGCCCCACAACCUCUAUUAAAUCAUAUUUCUGGAAUCCUGCCGCUUUUAUUCAAUGCUUCAGGGGUCCCCCGACCUCCAUUAAAUAUCUCAGGAAUUCUGCCACUUUUAUUCAAUGCUUCAGGGGUCCCCCGACCACCAUUAAAUAUCUCAGGAAUCCUGCCACUUUUAUUCAAUGUUUCGGGGGUCCCACAACCUCUAUUAAAUCAUAUCGCUGGAUUCCUGCCACUUUUAUUCAAUGUUUCAGGGGUCUCCCGACCCCCAUUAAAUAUCUCAGGAAUCCUGCCACUCUUAUCCAGUGCCUCAGGUGUGCCCAGACCCCCUUUUAACAUCUCUGAAAUCCUCUCAGUGUUACAAAAAGUCUCAGGGGUUCUUAAACCCCCAUUUAAUGUCUCGGAAAUCAUGGCGCGUUUAUUUAAUGCCUCAGCUAUGCCCAGACUUCCCUGCGAUAUCUCUGGAAUGGCCCUACCCCUACUCAAUGCCUUAGCAGCAGACCACUCACGCGAUACCUCGACCCGUGUGCAGGACACUAAGUCAUCUUUAGUAAAUGAGUUUAUGAACUUAUUAAAGGGACUACAAAGUCCUCAACGUAGAUCUGUUAGAGCUGCUUUUGGUCCCUCGCCACCAAGAUCAAGCAACCCCCCACCACUUAAGGACAGACAAAGCAACCCACCUCCUUUUGGAGGAAAACCUCAUGGACCUGCCAGACCCAAUCUGGAGAACAAUGUUAUUGCGCAGGGAAACCAAGGAGAGAAGCCUAAGCGUUUUUCCAGGGAGAUUCCUGCUAAGGUCGGUGUCAGAGCAAUGCCCACCGGUCUACCAAAAAAUUCACUAAAACCUCUGCGACAGGAAAAUGUUCAGCAGAUAAACCGUGGAGAGAAACCUAAGGGCAUUUUAAGAGAGAUCCCUGUCAAUGGCGGUGCCAAAGUAAUACCUGCUGGUUUACCUGAAGAUGGCGUGAAGGACAUUCCACCUAAAGGAAGGCAAAGGCAGUAAUGAAAGAAGAGAAGCAAAGCAUGAAGAUACCUACGUGGAUUUUUGCCUGGCCUGCGAAAUUACCUGUUUAGUAGGAAAUGCAAAUAAAGUAGUUAUGAAAAUGCAA